GUGGCUUAGCUAGAACCACACCUAUUAGACUAGCUAUAAAUUUCAUUUUUGCUGUUCACUUCCUUUACAAUCAGCUUACAGGCAAUCAAGGAAGGAACUAGGAUGCACUACAGUAGUGUUGUACUGUUAUCUUUUCUGGCUAUAUAUGGUAUCAGUGCAGAUAAGGACCGAGUCCAAUGCACUCCUACUCUCAAUUCUUCAAUUGUUUCAACCUGCAAUAUAACUUCAAAUCAAGACGUGAUCCUGAACUGCAGUGCACCCGGUUCAUUCUGGUACCAGAAUGGAUCUGUAGCUCAAGUCUGCUCUCAGUCAGUAUGUAAACUAUCAUCUGCUUCUAUUGAACACUCUGGCUUAUAUUACUGCACUGAUAAUGUUAGCAAGUACUUUGUUAAUAUCAAAGUGUUAGGUAGUCCCCCAGAGUUUGUUCCUAUAGGUGAUACUCCAGUUCAGUGUCACCCGACAUACUGUGAAUAUGAAAGAUUGGCAGAAUAUAUUGAUACUCCAGUCAUGAACUUCUCAGUUAAAGUGAUUGGUACUCCUCCUUUUACUGUUAAAUGGGUAAAUUGGCCUAACAAUCAAACUAACGGAGUGAAUCCUUGUAAUAAUCAUGAUCCAUGUUCAAACGAGACCAAUAAUGACACCUACUUGUUUACUCAUUUAUUUUAUAAUCCACAAUACCAAAUGUCUGGAUACAUGUAUGCUAUUGUGUCCAAUCAUUAUGGAUCUAAUAUUUCAAGAAUUUAUUAUGACAUUCAAUGUAAAAAACCAAGUACUACAUCACAAAAAGAACCUAGUGCUAACACACUGGUACCAGUUUCUAAAGGUCACAGUGUUGAUGUUAAUUGUUCAAUGAAGUCCAACAUGUUAACAAGAAUAGGGAUGUGUUACUUCAGACCUGAUGACAAUACCAACAAUAUAAAUGGAAUAAUUACAAAUGAGCGAUUGUUUAAUGAGAGCUGUGCAUUGUGUACCCCAUCAAGUAAUGAGCCUGAAUGUGAAUUCAGUUUCAUUAAUGAACAAAAUUGGACCGUGACGACAAAAACUGAAAGGGAUCAAAACAAUUGCUAUGACCUUCAUAUUAUCAAUGUUCACAUACCUCAGUAUCAACACAAUGAUUCAGAACUGAGAUUUCAGUGCUUGUAUCAGGACAAUGAUGCCGCUGAUCGAAAACUAUUCGAGUAUUGGAUUGGAUUUUAUGAAAAAUCAUCACCUCCUUCCAAGGAAUCCAGUUCAAGGUGGUACCUUUGGCUUACCACACUAACAGUUGUACUGCCAUUGAUAAUAGUGGUGACUGUAGUGAUAUACUGUGCAAGAAAGAGGAGAAGGAGAUUACAUAAAUCAUCAAAAACAAUUCAAGAAGAAUACAGCAGCUGCAGUUCAGAUAAUGACGAUGAGACUGGAACUAUUAAUCAAUACCCUCCUAGUAUUUAUGGUUCGAUUGAGGCGUUAGAUCCAGUAAAAAAUUCAAAUGAAAUAGACGUUUGACUGAAAUUUUGUAUUGCUUUUUAUUAUUUUUUACAAAUAAAAUAUUUAAUGCAAAAUACAAACUGUCACCUGUUUCAAGGUGAAACUGCCACCAACUUGUGGCUCAAUGUUUAAGCAAAAACCUCACCCACCCACGUGGAGCUGAUAAUUAUCGUAAAAAUUGCCAUCCUCUUUAAAAUGACUUAAUUAAAAGGAUCGAUUUAUAAAAUCA